UACACCAGUCCUUACAAUAAACUUUUACUCUUAAUUCAACACGUGCUACUUCUAUCUUGUGUGGCUACCGCAGAUGAAACAGCGGAUUUAAAAAUUAUUCAGCACCCUCCAGAGGUCAAUAUUUCUGAGGGGGAUCGUGUCAUGAUGGCAUGUUCCUGGAACACCAGCCAGAUCGAGAGUGUCAGAGUGAAUUGGCUGAAGGACAGCAUCAACAUUUUUACAAACAUCGCAGGAAAACACAGAGAUGAAAGGGCAGAGUACAUUGUUGAAAUGAACUACUCAAGCCUCACCAUUCUGAAUGCCUCUCUAAAUGACUCUGCAUUGUAUCUUUGUGAGGUAUUCGUGGAGAUACCACCACCAGUCCGUCGAGCAAGAGGAAAAGGAACAAUGUUAAAAGUCUUUGAGAGAGAAUUGAGGGAUAUGGACCUUGCGUCACCAGAAGGUAUCGCUACUAAGACGAAUUUGAUUACCUGGAUCCUGAUAGCCAUCAGUCCCAUAAUACUGAUCGUGUUCAUAGCUUUGUGCUACUGCUUCUGGAAAGUAAAAUGCUCGCAGCGGAAUGACAAUUUUGUGUAUGAAAAUUCUACUGUAUUAAAGAAAGCUGCUAAACAGAAAAAAGAGAAAAGCUCCCAAUGUUGUGUGAAUAACUCAGAACUCAGACUUGACUGUCAGAAAACCAAGGAAAAAUCAGAUAACAUCUACAACAAUAUCUCAGUUGCACAAUGGAGGAAACAUCAGACAAUGAACAAAAUGACAAAAGAGGACUCUCCAUCUGUGAUAUAUCAAAAUGACAUAAAGUUUGGAAAAUGUAAAGAUUAA